AUGGGAAAUGGUGACAGAAACUCUGUGGUGAAGCAUGUUGUUUAUGGACUGCUGACAAGAUAUGUGCGUUUCCUGCCACAAACUUACAAGGGUUUGGUGUGUCUGAGAACAGAAGUGUUUGGAGUGAAGCAAAAGCCAGGUAUAUGUGCAGGCAUGAUAAUAUUAUAUAACCAAAGGAGGUUCAAUAUAUACAUUUAUCAUAUUGCUGGCAGUGCAUGUGGGCAAUAUGAAGCAAAUCCUGUGUUCUGAUUGGCUAUCUGAGCUCAUCUUGCUUGCUCAAGAUUGCCCUCUUUGAUCCUGUGCAAGAAAAAGUGGACUUACAAAGUUAGUAACUUUUGCAUAAUGCCAGUGAUAAAGUUGCAAAAAGAGGCAGAACAUAGUCAAAACAGAAAAAACAUAAGCAACAUUUUUGGGUUUAUUAUGCUACAAACACAGUUAGCUUCCUUCCCUGGCUCUUGAAAUUAACAAGUUAUUCUUGAUUCUUAUGAAAGCAAAAUGUUUAGCUAUAUAAUAAAUCCCUUAUUGACCAAACUUGUUUAGGUAAGAUGGCUGGUUAUUGACUUGGUUACUUUUUCUAUUUUUGUGGACCUUGACUUUGUCUCUGUCAACAAAAUUAUGGAAAAAAGAACUUGGUUGGUAUACAGCCAUCUUGACCUCACACUUGGUCAAUAAGCCAUUUAUAUAUUAUGUAGAUUUUAUAUUCUGGUAUUCUUUGAUACUUCUUGAAAGGAUUUGCCUGCUUAGCAAGUUCACUGUUCAAAAUUAAGUUUCUUUGAGAUUAUCUUUGUGGAAGGUUUUGUCAGUGCUAAGUGAAAUAUAGACAAACCAAGGCUUGACAAAUUGUAGUAUGUUGCAAUUGUUAAAUCAACUGAAUAACUAGGCAAAAGGUAGUCAUUUUAUAACAGAAGUGAGGAAAUGAUAGAAAUAGCUUUAAUCUGAAAUGGGUAAUUCAUAAGCUAUUGCAGGAUUGAACUCUAACUUGAAACUAAUUGGCACAAAUAUCUCCUACAUGACACUAUUUGGUUCAGAGAAUUGUAGGUAUAUUACAACUAUACAUAAAAAAAAGGUGUGGAAGGAAAGCUAAGAGGUUAGGAAAAUAACUGCAUAACUGUUUUUAUUUUGUUUUAUAAUAUCUUGAGUGGAACCACUCUGUUACAAUGGUAAGUUUUUCCUGGCCCAUGUGGUAACAUUUUCUUCAAUAUCUGUUCACAGAGAACCUUGCCCUGAGGAAAGCUACAGUUCAGUCUUCAACAUUCAACAAUACUGUUUAUAAUGUUUAUGGUGUGUCUGGAAAAGCAGUGGAUGGAAACCCUGACACUAACUUUUUAAAAGGGAGCUGUUCACAUACUCAGAAAGACAACCCCAGUUGGUGGAGAGUGGACCUGGGUUCAGACCAUGUUGAUGUCUCUGAAGUUCAUAUAGUCAACAGGUUCUCACAACAUGUGGUUACUGAAGGCUACAAAAUAACAUUAGGUGAGUUUUGUUAUCCAUUGAUUGAAUUAGAGGUCAACCAUGCAUACAUUAUCUUGUAAUCAACUGCUAAACAACAAGACAGUUUGGGUGUUACAGGAAUUUUUGAAACCUAAGUCAAGCUGUAUUGAACUUGUUAUUAAUUAGCCCAGAUGGUUUUUAAUUGUUAUUGCUCAGUUUUAAGUUUUCCAGCAAGUAUCUUACUCUUGGUUGCUUGUAGAGUUCAGUAAGUAGAUGGAAAUGGGACUGGAAUACUAGAACCAGUGCCUCAAGUGUCAGCACCUGUCUACACUGUACCUUUGCAUGGGACACUCAGAAGUUUACCUCCAGUAAUAAUUUUUUUUACCUGGCUACUUUGUUAAAGAUAUUAUGGCACUUACAAAAUUAAUUUGAUGGAAUCCUUGCUUCGGUAGUUUUAGUUUCUGUUUUAAUAUGCCAAAUAACAUUUCCAGGAUAUGUUUUUUACUGAAGAGUCCAUUACAAUUGAUCAUAUAUGCCACAGGGAACCCAACUCUACAAGUAAUUCUCACUUUUUGUGCCUGUUAAUCUGCAGGUAGCUCUGCUAAUGUUGCAGGCAACACCCUCUGUGGAGGACUCUAUGAUUUUCAUAACUUCACUGCAUCAGCUGUUUGUUUUACCAAUCCACUGAAAACUGGUAGAUAUAUAGGGAUUUUAGCCAAAAAUCAAGAAAGUCUUCAGCUGUGUGAGGUGGAAGUCUAUUCACGAGGUAACUUUUCACUUACUCUUUAUACUAAACUUAAUGUAAUGUAAUUAUGAAGUCACUUUUCCUCUUUUCAAAAUUGACUCAUCCAAGACUUUUUCAUGUACAUGUAUCUCAAAACAUACACACUUUAGGUAGAAUGAAUGUAAUUAUUUUGCAUGUUAAGUAUACAAACUGUAUUUACUAUAAUUACCACAGCCAAAAGUCACAUUGAAUUUUAAGUUGCACAAAAGCCUUGAAAAGUACUCCUGAGUUUAUAAUUAUCUUGAUAAACAAUUGAAUGUAACCAGAAGUAGAUAAAUCAACAAG